AUGUUUCAAUUUCUCCAACGCCACCCAGAAAUACGUGUCCUAGCCUACCCACUCAUACACCUUGAAGAAGAGCAUCAUCAGGCCAUGGAGGAUCGCAUAUUCCUCCCCAAGCUUGAUGAGUUCCACGGUGACGCCUGCAAUUCAGAUUUUGUCAUUGGUGUCUAUGGACAUGCUGUCAAGACAUUGUGUGUCCAGACUUCGAAAAGAGGCAGUAGUGGAUACUUCCUCAGAAGCCUUGCCUAUGCUAUGGAGGAGCACCAGUCUGUCAAGGCCUUGACACUUGGGGAUGAGGAACGUGCCAUUCCCAUUGAUGCAGCUCAUGAUUUUUCUCGUGGCGCACCAAAUCUGACGAACCUCACUCUGUGGUUACAAGGUAGAGAGACACCAGUACAGCUCAACACAGUCACCUGGGAAGCUGAUUUCUAUAGCAUCCUGUUUCAAAGCUAUCAGGAACUUACCACCCUCACCCUGCUCAUCCCUUACCCUCUAGAGCCUUCUCGGAAUCUGCUCGACUUCCUCACGCAUGUCCACAUUCUCCUUGAGGCAUCCUACAUCUCGCCCAUUGCGCUGAAUGACGAUAGUUCUGAAUACACUGUCUCCGCAUCUCCCUUACCAUUGUCGCGUCUAAAUCCAAACAUACCAAGCUCUCCGCCACCGCAAAUGCGGAGGGGUGGAAGUGGAACGGGGUUGUUGGACCGGAAAGAUCAGAAGGACAAAGACCCUGAGGGUACUGAACAAGAACGAGAGGGAUUUGAUUUAAGUUGGUCAAAGAGAGACCGGCCUUGGAUCGCAGUCUUUAGGACUGUUCUGGACAUUGCACUCCCACAGGAACUCCUACAAGAUCAAAACCGGCCCGUCCUUGACACUCCCUUCCCUCAACACGUCUUGGACCAAUCUCUCGCACCAAAUUAUUUCCUCUCCCUCCAAUCAAACCAGAGACCUCCACAUUGCUCUUCCCGGUCAAAGAUGAGGAAAGUGUUCAUGCCUGCGGUGUUAUCGGACGAAGGAGGGGAGGAGAACGAGGAGGAUCCCAAGGAUGUUGAACUUGGUAAUGAACGAGAUAGCAGCGAUGAGGAAUGCACGCUCGUACUCCGCAUUGAAAGUGAAACAGAAGGAGACCCGUUCUACCGACCUGCAGAUGCACUAGAUUUCAUCGUCGAAAAAGUUGACAUCUUGAUCACUGGGAACACAGCAGGUGGUAGGAAGGAGGAAGGAGCUACUGCGAGGUUGAUUGGAUGGGAUACUGCGAACGCCGCGCCGCCUCCACUCUUGCUCUCCCAAGGACCACUGAUCCCGCACGGCAGAAACCUUCCACCGAAUAGCGGGAAUGCGUCGGGAGUGGGGUACGUCGGCCCUAGUUUGGAGGUGAAGUGUGAGAGAGGGAUGGGUGUGGGUAUGGGACUUGGUGGAGGAUAUGGUGGGCAUGGAGGAUACGGAGGAAUGGAAAGCGCGUUGGGGAGUGCUAUUACUGAGUGUGAUCCCGCAGACUCCAACCUCCACAAUCGGAUUUGGUACUCCAGCGCCUACAGGCAGGAGAGGGGGGCCAGGGAUGGGGAAGGCGUUCAUUGGUAG